UCGAUCGGGGCGGGGGCUGUUCCGCUCACUCCCCCUCCGUCCACCGCAACUGCAGCUCUCUCUUCUUCCUCACUCGUCGGCGUCCUCCUCGAGUCCUUGUCCCCCCCCGGCACUGGAGCGGUGCGGGGAUCCAUCCACUGCCUCCUUCUACUCGCUGAGGCGUUUCCUCAUCUAACCCGCCGGCAUGAGGGGCUCCAAGCUCUUGGUGUUACUGGUGGCGGCAUCAUCACUCUGCCUCUAUGCUGUAAUUGCUGCGCAGCAGACUUGCCCUGCUGACCUUGAUAGCAAAUGCGAGGGUGCCGCUUCAGAUGAUUGGGAGGGGGAGUUCUUCCCUGGCAUCCCAAAAAUCAAGUAUGAGGGCCCGACAAGCAAGAACCCUCUUGCUUAUAAGUGGUAUAAUGCAGAGGAAGUGAUUCUCGGAAAGAAGAUGAAGGAUUGGAUGCGGUUCAGUGUUGCCUUUUGGCACACAUUCCGUGGUACUGGUGGUGAUCCUUUUGGUGCCCCGACAAAGGCUUGGCCUUGGGAGGAUGGCACAAAUUCAUUGGCCAUGGCUAAGAGAAGAAUGAGAGCUCACUUUGAAUUCAUGGAGAAGCUGGGAGUUGACAGAUGGUGCUUCCAUGAUAGAGAUAUUGCCCCAGAUGGCAAAACACUCGAAGAAACAAAUGCUAACUUGGACGAGAUAGUCGAGCUGGCAAAGCAACUCCAGAGUGAGACCAAUAUCAAGCCAUUGUGGGGAACCGCACAGCUCUUUAUGCAUCCACGUUACAUGCAUGGAGCUGCUACUAGCCCAGAGGUUAAAGUAUAUGCUUAUGCAGCUGCACAAGUUAAGAAAGCUUUAGAGGUCACUCACUACCUAGGUGGUGAAAAUUAUGUGUUUUGGGGUGGAAGAGAGGGAUACCAAACCCUUCUGAAUACUGACAUGAAGAGAGAACUUGACCAUCUGGCUAACUUUCUUCAAGCUGCUGUUGACUACAAGAAGAAGAUCGGAUUUAAAGGAACAUUGUUGAUAGAGCCUAAACCACAGGAACCAACAAAACACCAGUAUGACUGGGAUGUUGCAACUGCAUUCGCUUUUCUACAGAAGUAUGGUCUCAUAGGAGAGUUCAAGAUUAAUGUUGAGUGCAACCAUGCUACUCUUUCUGGACAUAGCUGCCAUCAUGAACUGGAGACUGCACGAAUUAAUGGGUUGCUUGGAAAUAUCGAUGCAAACACUGGUGAUCCACAAGUCGGUUGGGACACUGAUCAGUUCAUGACAGACAUCGCAGAGGCUACUUUGGUUAUGUCAAGUGUAGUUAAGAAUGGUGGACUUGCACCUGGUGGAUUCAACUUUGAUGCCAAAUUGCGGAGGGAAAGUACUGAUGUUGAGGACAUGUUUCUUGCUCAUAUCUCAGGAAUGGACACCCUAGCCCGUGGCCUCCGCAACGUCGCCAAGUUGCUUGAGGAUGGUUCCUUGGAUGAGCUUGUCCGCAAGCGCUACCAGAGCUUUGACAGUGAGAUUGGUGCCUUGAUCGAGGCUGGGAAAGGAGACUUUGAGUCGCUAGAAAGGAAGGUUCUGGAGUGGGGCGAACCCACUGUGCCAUCCGGCAAGCAGGAGCUGGCCGAGAUGCUGUUCCAGUCUGCUCUGUAGAUGGUGCCACGUCCAUAGCUCCAGGGAAUAAGCACAAGCGCGCGCACCCUCGGAAUGCGCAGCCGUCCUCGCCACGGGCAAAUGUUCUGGUUCUAUGCCGUGAACUCUGUACAAUAAUAGCGUGGAACCUAGGAAUAAUUAGUUGUAACUUGUGAGGACUAGCGGGAUUAGGUCCUGGGUCCCGGUGUUUGCCCUCUUUGUUCGAAACAGGAUCAAACUGAAUCUGGUUGCUACUUCUACAUCCUGCACCUCAUCAGUCGUUGGUGCUGUUUUAGAAUGUAGCAACGAUACUGCUGUUCGGUAGUACAGCAGAGAACUCUGCUGCUCUGAGGCCCUUGUUCUUUUA